AUGCGACCUAGAACGAUAUCACUCCGCUCAAAAUCGAUCGUUAACUCGAUAAGGGAUCGAAUCAGACAAGGGGACACAAAGCAUAAGGUAGAGACCCCAAGCGGAUGGAGAUACGGAGGGGAAGACUUCACGAAAUUGGUAGAUUCGCUGCAGGUUGAGAUUGACAAGGACCUUCAAAAUGAUGGCAUUCAUGUGAAUAUUCCUUCCUACCAUUUCCCUGUCGGCAUUUAUAAGGUUUUGGCAUGUACGGUGCGACGCUUUAAUAAGGGCGAGCCGAUCCUUAACCCGCUUUAUCCGACGAAACGCCUAAUCAUUAUCCCUGUCAACGGGGCCGCGUCUCUUUCCCCCGGCGGUUCGCUUUCGAUCGAUACCUAUUGUUUUAUUGAAGGAAUACCGACGCUCUCUGGAGAGGGUAUUGACGUGGUGAUUGUUGCCUAUGAAUUAAAAUCCCUUAACGCAUAG